AAAAAGACAGUGCAAUACUUUGAAACUAAUCGCUCCUCGCUUGCAUUCACUGGUAUAUUGGAGCAAUUGUAAAGUUUUGUCAUGCAAAUAGCUUGUUUGCAAGGAACGUUUGGAAUUUUUACGAAGAUUAUUUUUAGUUUUUAAUUCUUUUAGGAAAUAGACUUGCCGAGAUUUAAUCUUAACACCCCAAAUAUUAUUUACAUCGGAGUUGCAUCAUAAAUUGUACUCGGAUUCAAACGAAACAAUGUCAAUGACUUUAUAAAAGUAAGAGCAUAAUGUGUAUUGGCCUAUUGGGUUUACACUUUUACAGGUUCAUUUAACUUUAACUCUCUCAAGUCUCAAUAGACAAUCGGACAUGCCAAAUCCAUUGAUAUGACAACUCCAAAAAACUUUUUUUCUAAGCUAGAAAUCAUGAUUUUUUUCAAAUUUUUCCUGGGAUACUUUGUUUUCUGCUCUCUAGACUCCCCCUCGUGGCUCUAGUGCUCCACCCCUAGAAUAUAGACCUUACUGGGGUUUGGUGACACUUUGUUUCUUCAGUCACCUGCUCACGGCUCACCCCCCUAAAAUUUCUGGCACCACCCCAGUAAAAAUUAUGAAAAUCCGUCUAUGCAUACCUUCGUGAAUACGAUGUUUUGUAAUUCUUAUUAGCGCAAGUAGUUGUCAUUUUUCUUUCGAAUUACUGUAACUAUGUUGGAGAAUAAUUGAGCAUGAAGUCGCUGGGCUAUUGAGAUACCCGAGUGUGGCCACUGUGUCAGAGACAAAAAAUAUUUACCAUCUACGAGAGAUAUCCAAUCGACAUAUGACGAACUUUACAGAUAUAUACCUAUUCAGCUGUCAUCGAUGUGAAAACAACUAAUUAGAAACGUAAAACUUUAAUUUACAAUCACCAGCUUAUUUGCUUUUGGAUCCCAAUUUAUACAGUUGUGUGUAUGGAUGCCAAACUUAAUUUUGACGACAACGCUGCAUUCCGUCAAGACGAUUUAUUUCAACAACGAGACUGGACUCAGGAGGAUGAAAGAGAAGUAGAAGCUGCAGCAUAUAAUCUCAAUUAUAUUGGCUUAGAUGGAAGUAUAGGCUGUCUAGGUGGGUAUAUGUAUAAUAUAAGGGAAAAUAAAUACACUCACGUCUGGAAAUUUUUUUCAAAAUCUUUGCAUGGAAGUAGUAUGGAUCUUCGUUGGAAAUGUAGUAUGGAAAUCCAAUUUUCAUACUAAUUGCAAUUUCCAUGCUAUGGAAAUAGUUCCGUCUUACAAGGAAACAGUGUUAGUCUAUUUCCGUAUACCUUAAAUUGCAAUACUAGAUUCCCCUUAUUACGUUUUCGUAGCGCUUUGCAUUGUGGUUAUAGUGGCAUCACCUAUAUUCAAGAUGGCUUAUUUUUUGUCCUGACCCGUGCAAGAAUUUAAAAAAAAGCUAGGGUCAGGUGCGCGAUAGCCAACAGCAAAAUAUUCGCGAAAACAUUCAAUAUUUUCAUUCGUGGCCACUAUCUUUAUCAGUGAUACCACUAUAACCACAAUUUAAAGCGCUACGAAAACGUAAUAAGGCGAAUUAUCAACUGUGUUCAUUGGCCCGAGACGGUGGUAUUAAAUGAUUAAGGCUGUCUCAUUUUGUCAAAAGUGUUUGUACGUACAAAAAGCAUCACGUCUUGCGCGUAAUGUCGAACAUUUGGCUUGGUCUAGAGCUGCGUCAUAGUUUAAUGUGGGAUAGAUUAUUCGAAUUGUGCGCUUCUGGACCCGUUAAAUUUUAUCUGACAAGUUGAUGGUCAUUGAUGAAUGCCAUACCGGACAGCAGUACUCGAGUAGGGAUCUAAUAAGUGCAAAAUAUACUGAGGUAGCAAAUGAAACGAUGAAACUCCACUGCGCUUGAGAACUCGUAAGAUGUGUAAUCUCUUUGAUGCUUUGGCUACUAUCUCACUGAUGUGCAAAUCCCACUUCAGAUUAUUCUGGAUCGUUAAACCUAAUACUUUGUGGGAUUAUAUUCUUUCAAAACUAAUAUUUUCAACAACUAAGGUGGUACUGUACGAAGCACUGUACCAUCUACAACGGCUCAAUUUACUUCCAGUCGGCGUUCGUGAAUAAAAAAAGGAAGAGGUUAUUUCGCUGGCCUCGGAGUGACAAAACGUAACAAAGCAACGGUUUUGCUAACACUAACACUAACCCUAUUCCAAACACCAACUCUAACCCUAACCCUUUGACGAAAUGUCAUUCUGAUGUCGGCGAACUAACCUUUCCCAUAAAAACGUCGUUCUCUACGGUAUACAUACUGACAGUGUGUACUGCUAUUGCCAAAGUAACCAGUGUACGUCUUUUUACAUUCUACAUUUGCCUAUUUACGUUUUAUGUCCACGUUACAGUGAAUGGUGCUGGCCUUGCAAUGGCAACCAUGGAUAUUAUCAAACUACACGGAGCUGAACCUGCAAACUUUUUGGAUGUCGGUGGAGGAGCGACUGCUAAACAAGUUGCGGAAGCUUUCAAAUUAAUCAGUGCUGAUUCAAAUGUACGUUAAUAUGAAGGAAAUGCCUAAUUUUGCUGCCGGACAUUUAAAUGGCCCGAAAGGUUUCAGUAUUGCGUUUCUGACUUCAGUAUAGUUAAUGAGCCCAAUCCCCAAGUAAUUGUAACAUUUUUAUUUACAUUUUGAAUACUUAAUUAAUCAUAUGGCUAGUGCCCUACCAGAAACCUUAACAGGCGUUUAUUUAAGACCCUAGUUACAUGAAUGUAAUUAGUUGUUUCUAUUUACAAUUAACCAAGUUUAUUUUAUAUCAGUAUUAUAAGUAAGAGAAAAGAGAGGGAAAAGUGAAAACUAUUUACAUAAUAAAGUAUUACAUUGUUGAGAAGUAAACUUAAUAAAUUAUUGAUUGACAGUUUUAUGAACUGUACUGUAUUUACAGGUGCAUGCAAUUCUUGUUAAUAUAUUUGGAGGAAUAAUGAGAUGUGAUGUAAUCGCUGAAGGUAUAGUGGCAGCAGCAAGUCAACUUGACCUGGACAUUCCUAUAGUGGUCAGACUGCAAGGUACAGUACGUAAUGCCAUGCCAAAUUUCAUUCAAAUUUUCAAUAAAUAUCGACGGCCUGGCAAAGUAUAAUAUCGUUUUUUGUAUGAUAUUGAAUGGUUUGACAUAAUCUGGCCAAAUUUUGUUCUUUCCACCAAGCUCUGAAUUGAAAGGGAAAAGCAAUGCGAUAAAGAGUUGUUAUAUUAGAGCUGUACAGUUUCAGAAAUUUCAUCUCGGUUUCGGUCUUUUUGGGGUGGAAGGAACUCAGUUCGGUUUCGGUAUUUUUAAAAGAAAUUAAAAUAACUUAUGCUCAAUAAAUUGUAAUACAAUGUCAAAAUAAAUUAGUUAUAACCAUUUAAAUGAAACACAAACAUAUUCCUUGGAAAUUCCUUAAAAGUUUCAUUUCCUCAAUAAAAUCCUUGCAGAGGUUCAAAUGUCCUCAGUUUAAGUACGUUUUCUUUAAAGUGAGAACGCUUGGAAACAACACAUGGGAAACCGAAACUACCCGUUCUUUUGCGCAUGCUCGGUGCUGACUUACAGUGCUAAAAAAGUACCGGGACGACCGAUUGUAAGCGAUUGUUACAUACACGUUUUAUUACGACAUAUGACGAACCCUGAAUGUGAAUAUAGGGUAUAAUAGUUUGUUUGAAAUAUCCAACGAAUCACAAACCCAGAUGGUUAGCCCUGCAUGUGGAAUUGCAGGAUGCAAGAACGAAAUAAAGUUUGCUUACAGGGUUUCGAGGUGGCCCAUUUGUUUACACUGAUACUGGUCAUCACAUUAGAGUUGUGCCAUUUAUAUAAUAAAUGAUAUUGUGGACGCCUAAAAAUUCUAUGCCGUCAAUUUUUGCAGGAACACGCGUCGAAGAUGCAAAAGCUAUUUUUACUACGAGCGAUCUCCGUAUAUUGGCUGUGGACAACUUGGAGGAGGCCGCAAAGAUGGUAACGUUAAAUAACUGCCCCUUUAAAGGACCGUUCAAACCAGUUCAACAUUAUCCUACACUGUUGGACGCAAUAUGUUGUGUCAGUUUGACCAUGGAUAAUAAAAUGAAUGGAUAAGAAACUAGCUGACGUGACCUAAUGUUUUCAAUGGGCUGAUGGCGUGGUUGGAUGCCUCAACCUAGUUGAAAACCAAAUUCUCAAAAACGGCAUGUUUAGCAAUAAUACAGCUGAACAUUUUAGUCAAAGAGCAAAUAAAUAUAACCACGCCAUUCUACGAUGAAAACUCUAAGUAUUCUCAAUCAAUUUUAGCAAAUAUUUCAAGCACUAAACAGUGAAAAAUACAUCGCAAAUUUCGUUAAAUAUUUUUGACGCCAAUUUCGUUUUACAUUGUCGUGGCUACGAGAUAUACUUUGUCGUGGCUUAGGCAUGUUUUUAAAACAAUUAGACCAGUUUAUGCUUCAAUAUCACCCUUUUAAAGUGGAAAAUAUAGCAAAACAACAAAAAUGCCGAGAACUUUGGUAACAUUCGCAAUACGCGUGACGUCACGUUUUUCAACAAGAAUGCAGUCAAUGAUGUCAGGAAGUUUCCUAUCCAGUUAUUUUACAAUCCAUAGACCAAUUGCGAAACUUAGUGACCGCGCCUUAAACUGCACGAAAACGAGGCUUAUUAUGCAAAAACAAAUCAUUCUGCUAUAUUUUUAUAUGGCGAAAAGUGAAUUUCAGUGUUUGAGACGCGUUUUUAUGGCAAUCUCUUCAUUUCUGUUUUGAUUAUGUAAAUCUUUAUUAAACUUGUUCAUAGAUUUAGUCUUACUUCAAAUUUCAUUGUUUUUCGCGGCGUGCGAGGCAAAGUUUUGCUGUUUUUCGCCGUCCGAUAAAAGAAGCAGAUUAUAUACCAGAGAAAGAAUUAGGUAUUUUCCGUCUGUUUUAUUAUUACAUUUCAAAGAAUAAGUUGUAACAUUGAUUAAUUUUGUUUCAGUUGUAAUAUAAUAGCAAGUUUUCAAUUUUAACUUUAAAAAUAUGAAAGUAAAUGUCGGGCAAAAUUUGUAGAAAUUUGUAGAAAUUUUAUGUUAUUAUCACUUUGACAAAAUCGUUUUUUUCUCGCACAAGUCUAAACAAAUCUGGGUAGAAAGAGUUAUAUUUUAGUUUGUUAAGUUAUACUGGCUAUUUUAUUUGCAUCUUGAUCAGAUUUUAAAGUCUAGAUUGAUCUUUUCCAUAUGUUUGUUCCAUCGCAUGCUAAAACAACAACAAAAUAUCUCUCCAAAGCGGGUAAAAAUAUAGUGGGAAAUCGAUGUUUAGAUAAAUUUAACAAAUAUUUAUAUAACCUAGCACGAAAUAUUAAGAAAAGAUCAAAGAGAUUCAGGAAAAAACACUUUAAAAACGCUAAAAUUCACUUUUCGCUAUAUAAAAAUAUAGAAAUUGUUUAGUUUUUGCAUAAUAAGCCUCGUUCUCGUGCAGUAUGAAGGCGCGGCCACUAAGUUUCGCAAUUGGUCUAUGGUUUGACAUUGUGUUUGAUCAUGUUGGCUGUUUUUGGAAGAUAUUGGAUCAGGUUCGACUUCAUUCGAAAUGUUCGUCGAACCAUAGCCUAUAGAUGGCUGUGAAACUCAUUAGAAUAACAAUAUAACUCAUCUAUGUUAAUCAACGUUUAUUCAUAAAUAUGGUCCUUCACCGUUACGUGUGCAUUGUAUUUUUGCCCAACUAACCAAUAGCAAUGUUUUGUGAAAGUUACCUAUCCGUGACUCGAACAUUAGGGUAAUUGGAAAUUGCUAUUGGUGGAUUUGGCAAAAAUACAAUACACACGAGACGGUGAAGGACCAGAUUUAUGAAUAAACGUUGCCCAACAUAGAUAAUGAGUUAUAUUGUUAUUCUAAUGAGAUUCACUAUGGUCCAACAUCGUCCAACAUUGUUUGAACUGGCGUGUGGUUUUGUUCACGAAAUGUCAGAGAGUGAUAAGUCAUACUACUAGACCUGAUGACACUACUGAACCUGAUGACACUACUGGAAAAUCUCCAGCAGCACCGCUGCCAGGACAUUUUUAACAAAAUGUCUUCGCAGGAAAUUUUCUUGCAUUUUGCAGGGAAUUCUUGUCAUCUUAUAUACUACUGGAAUGCCAUCUAAUUUACUUAUUGUUUAAAAAUUUCUAAAGCGUUGUGUCGAGAUUGGUGUCUAUGGGCCCUUAGAUCGGAAUUUUAGUUAAAUUAUCUAUUGUUUGAAACAAAAAAAUGUAAACAAAACACGCGCAUGAGCAGAACGGACUUGACAGCCAGUUUUGGGAAGGUUGUGGCAUUUGUUAGCUUCUUCAACCCGAAUAUGCUCCACAGCUUUGUUAAAAAAUCGUUACGUGAUUUAAUAUGAAAACCAGAUUAGUCAAAUUUUGUAAAAUUUUAUAAAAUAAAGACAUUUUAAUUUUCCGAAAGUAUUAAACAAUUCUGGCUAUUAAAGACUUUGUCUAGCUCACUUUGUUUAAAGGAUUAUUGUCACACCAUGGUAUCAUGGGUUUUGUUAUUGUUUUUAUCUUGCCCAAAAUCAAUAAAAAUACGUUGUUUAGUACAUUUCUAUGAAUCGAAUAAAAGAAGAAAGGAUUCUGAAAGGAUGGUUUAAAUACACGUCUGAUUACAAACAGACUUUUCUUUAGAACUAUAUUUGAUAAAAUUUUCUUUUUAUAUAGGCAGCGCGUUUAUCAAACAUCGUAGAACUGGCAAAGCAAGUGUCUGUGGACGUUAAAUUUGAACUGCCAAUUUAAGCCAUAGUGUUUUGUGUAUGGACUCACUGUAAAUGUGAAAUAUCACAUUAGAAAAUAUUCUCUAUGUAUAAUAGGUCAUUGCUUCUAAAUUGAAAAUCAAAACUAUUAAUAACAAUACAUGUAUAAAAAAUUUACUGAAAUUCCUUUACUGAAUUUUAACUAAAUGUAUUGCCUUCAUUUUAACUUGCAAC